AACAGCACAACCGGUGCCAGAUGUACGCAGCGCAAUCUAUUUUUCAUAGUUUAAACAGCGCACAGAAGUAUAUUACAUCGCAAGAUGCAACACUAGGAUGCAUGUAAAGAAGACUCGCGUUGCGUAUAUGGGAUAUUAAAGAAAUCAGUACUGGUAAACAUCGUGUGUGGGUGCGUAAAGCUGCGCCAUGCAGGGGAACGGGAGCGCGUUGUCACCGGGUUUGGCGGCGUGCGGACCGGCGUUAGAUGACGGCGAUGCCCUGUGGAACCGGACCGCGGGAUCUCUACAGAACCUCUCCCUGCGGUGCUGGCUGCAACUGCUCUCCAAAGAGUCCGCGCCGGAGCUCUACGGCGACAGCUCGAGCAUGGCCAUGCGCUUUGUGAUCGCGCUUGUCUACCUGAUCGUGUGCGCGCUGGGGCUAGUCGGGAACCUUUUGGCUCUGUAUCUGCUCCAGUCGCGCCAUAGACUCAAGCAGUCCUCUAUCAAUUGCUUCGUCAUGAGUUUGGCUGUAACCGACCUGCAGUUUGUCCUGACUCUGCCUUUCUGGGCCGUGGAUACCGCUUUGGAUUUCCGAUGGCCUUUUGGAAAGGUGAUGUGCAAGAUCAUCAGCUCGGUGACGACUAUGAACAUGUACGCCAGUGUUUUCUUCCUCACGGCCAUGAGUGUGGCACGCUACUGUUCCCUGUCCUCUUCCCUACGGAUGCAAAGUCCCAAAACGGCUUCGGUUGAGGUGAAAUGGGCCAGUUUGGGUAUCUGGGUCGUGUCCGUGGUGGCCACCACCCCCCACGCGGUCUACUCCACCACGGCGCAGUUGUCUGAUGACGAGCUGUGCCUGGUGCGCUUUUCGGACUCUGGAAGCUGGGAUCCACAGAUGCUCUUGGGUCUCUAUCAGACCCAAAAGGUCCUUUUGGGGUUCGUGAUUCCUCUGGUCAUCAUCUGCGUUUGUUAUCUCCUCCUGUUGCGCUUCGUUCUGCGGCGGCGUGUCAGCGGCAUUCCAGGGUCGGACAGUGAGAGAGGGCGCCACAAGCGCCGCUCCAAAGUCACUAAAUCCGUCACCAUUGUGGUACUGUCGUUUUUCCUGUGCUGGCUGCCCAACCAGGCGCUGACGCUUUGGGGAGUGCUAAUCAAAUUCGAUUUGGUGCCCUUCAGCAACGCGUUCUAUAACGCGCAGGCCUAUGCGUUCCCCAUCACAGUAUGCCUGGCGCACACGAACAGCUGCCUGAACCCGGUGCUGUACUGUUUGAUCCGGCAGGAGUACCGCACUGGACUUAAGAAACUCUUGUUUAGGGCCACUCCAUCCAUUCAUAACCUGGCCAAGCUGGUGGACAGGAAGGUGGCAGAGGCUCCACCUGGAGUGGCCGUGGUGCAAAUGGACAUUGGGAUGUGACAGAACCAUUAUAGAAAAAGGACCUUUACCAGUGUGGUGCCCAAAAGCUCAUUUGAACUUCCUGAAACUUUUUCUUGAACAUUGAGUUCCAAAAGUCCAAAAGACUACUAGAAUGCAUUGCAUUUUUAUUUUGGUAUAUAUUUCUUUGUCAUUGCGAAAAUUAUCAGCACACACAUUUAAGUGGAAAAGUUAACUGAAAGUGAAUUUAAACAUUAAAGACUUUGC